AUGGCUUUAUUUUAUCUCGUCUUUUACUUCUUGCACCAGCUGAGAUUCAAAAUCACAAACAGACUAUUUCCUUCGUGCCCACCCAACCCAACGCUCUCCUCUCCGUGCCAAAGCUCUUCCCUGCACCCAAAAACCGCAUUCAAUGGCUACAACCCGAGACAGGAUAGUGCCUGUGACUCUCUCUCUCUCUCUCUCUCUCUCUCUCUCUCUCAAGAAGCUCCCUACUGCGUCGCACCUCCUGAGAGGUUCCAUUGCCCAGAAAUACUCUUCCAGCCAUCUCUCACUGGUAUGGAAGCUCCCGGAAUCGACGAAACUACUUUCAACUCCAUUAUGAAGUGUGAUCUGGAUAUCAAGGAUGAUUUAUAUGGAAAUAUCGUGCUUAGCGGUGGAUCGACCAUGUUCCCUGGAAUUGCCGAUCGGAUGAGCAAGGAGAUUUCGGCUCUUGCUUCCAGCAGCAUGAAGAUCAAGGUGGUUGCUCCUCCUGAGAGAAAGUACAGUGUUUGGAUUGGGGGAUCAAUCCUAGCUUCUCUAAGUACCUUCCAUCAGGCAACUCCCAUGGAUCAAGAGCUCAAGCGCGGAGAUGAGAGCGUCGGGUUGGCUGGGCACGAAGGAAAUGGUCUGCUUAUGAUUUUGAGUCUCAUCUGAUUUUGAAUCCCAGCUCGUGAAAGAAGUAGAAGAAAGAAAGAGAAAGCUGACACGUGGGCAUUGGGUAAUAGAGAAGUACUUGUAAGCAGAAGCAAGGGUACCAUUACCCUUUCACUAUAUGGAAUA